GAUCAAAUAAGUGCCAUACCAUCGUGACUCUAUUUUUAUACAUACAGUUGCUCCCCGAGAGGAAAUCGAUCAGCUUCUUUAUACAUAGAGUUAAGUCAAAGGUAUAAAAAUGCUUAUUUGCUUUCGUGCCUAGUCGUUGGACUUGCGGCUCGAUGAGUUUGUCUUCUUGAUAUCGUGGAUCUUUAAGAGCACCGAGGACCAGUUUGGCAUUAUUGUGGAGACUCGAAAGAACAGCAUUCCGUUCCGUUGGUCCCGACGGAAGAUGCGGCACUUUUGCGCUGCACGUUCCGUCAGGCACGCGGCGUUCGCGGCUUCCGCUGUCCUGGGAUUGGGCUCUCUCUUCGGAUCUGCGGAAGCACGUCGAGAAGACAUGUGUAUCUAUAUCUUUAGCUUUCUUCUUGUGUUAGUGUUUCUUGCCUUUGGCUUCAUUGCCACACCAUCAUCUUCCGUCUGCUUUUGCUAGCAUACCAGUCUGCGGUAAGAUGACAUUUGUUUCCUUGCAGCAGGGAUUUCGUUCGCAUGCACCAGUUUUGCGCGAUAGAUUAGUCGUGUUAGCUCCUGCAGCGUGACAGAUGACUUUUGGUCUGUGUAAGUCCUGCAAAAAAAAAAAAAAACGAUUGAAAAAAUCAGGCGCAGUGUCGGUUGGUACGUCCGUUCUCUUUGGGUCUACGGUUGGCAGGAGAGACUUUGGUAUGUAGCAGCUUUAUUUGUUUGAUUUCCGUUUCUUUCACGCUUGCAAUCUGGAACUUUUCGUGGAGUUUUUCGAAGGAUCAUUUUUCUUCACUAUACGUAAAGAAAUUAUAUUCGCUGUUGUUCAUGUGCUUACGUAAGCGUAUGUGUGUAAGCUCGGUGGCUUGAUAUAAACCCGUUCUAUCUGAAACAGCAACGGCAGUACAAGACCGGAACGUUGAUGCGGAUGAGACCGCGUUAGACAACGCCGAGACUGACAAGGUCGACGAAGCCUUUCCACCUAACGCGGAAACCGAUCGUGUCCCCCCCCCCGGUGCUUUCGGCAAUUCAGAGGAAGGACAGCGGGAUGAAAACAAG